AUGUAUGCUGAAGUUGGAAGACAGGAUGAGGUAAAUAAGGUAUGGAAAUUGAUGAAGUCAAUGGUAGCUAAGAAAAAUCUUGGUUGCAGAUUGGUUCAAGUUGGUAACCAGAUCAAGUAUAGGAGCCGGUUCUGCCUCCAGUAUAGGGAAAUGUGCACGUCUGUAGACAUAAAAGUAACAGAGAUGUCAGGAUGUGUUUUACUUCUUCAAGUUUGGGCUUUUACACGCAUGCCUAUAAUAUCUCUGGUGACUCCGCUUCAAACUCCAUAUCCUUACGCAAGAAGGUGGUGCAUCAAGAAACUUGACUACCAAAACAACUCGCGCCACCAUCUACAAGGAUACCGAUUCAGGAUUGAUCACAUGCUUCAAGAUCAGUUUAUUUGGAGGCCGUAUCUUGGAUUAGCGUCCCAAAGGCACGAGGACAAUUUGAUAUGGAGUUCAACUACGUAUAUAAUAUGUUUUCAUAUUGUAGAAAUGCAUCAAGAAGAUAGGGUCAAACUACAACUUGGCCAUUUACAAGGAUACCUGAAGAACUUCGAUGCCUGGCUGAACACCAUAAGAUGA